GAUACCACGUCUAUUUCGUAAACGCGCAUCUUGCUUGAUAAAUACAUAUAUACCAAAUCUAAACCUCACUUUCCGCAAGAUUCCAGAUCUGUGACUGUGGACAUUGCUUCGUCGAAGUUGCUCCAAUGGCUGGCCGUUACAAUGAUAAUCCUUUUGCUGAAGAUGAAGUGAACCCUUUUGCGAAUAAUGGAAGUGUUGCCCCUGCUAGGCCUUCCCCUCUUCCUCAUGAACCCGCUGGAUAUGACCGCGGCGCAACGGUUGAUAUUCCUCUCGAUGGUUCAAAGGACCUGAAGAAGAAGGAGAAGGAACUCCAAGCUAAAGAGGCUGAACUGAAAAAAAGAGAACAGGAACUUAAAAGGAAGGAGGAUGCAAUAACAAGAGCUGGUGUAGUUAUAGAGAAUAAGAACUGGCCACCUUUCUUCCCCAUCAUUCAUCAUGAUAUCGCAAAUGAAAUUCCAAUCCAUCUACAGAAGUUGCAAUAUGUUGCAUUCACUACAUUAUUGGGUUUGGCAGCCUGUCUUGUAUGGAACCUUGUAGCUGUCACCUUAGCUUGGAUCAGAGGACAAGGUCCAACGAUCUGGUUGCUUGCUGUUAUCUACUUAAUAGCAGGUGUCCCAGGAGCCUAUGUAUUGUGGUAUCGGCCUCUCUAUCGUGCAAUGAGGACUGACAGUGCGUUGAAGUUUGGGUGGUUUUUCUUAAGCUACGUGUUUCAUAUUGGAUUCUGCAUUGUUGCUGCUGUGGCACCUCCAAUUUUCUUCAAGGGGAAAUCUUUGACUGGUAUCUUGCCUGCAAUUGAUCUUUUGGGCUGGCAUGCUUUGGUUGGGAUAUUCUACUUCAUUGGAGCUGCAUUCUUCUGUCUUGAAACACUAAUCAGUAUAUGGGUUAUACAGCAAGUCUACAUGUAUUUCCGGGGAAGUGGAAAAGCUGCAGAGAUGAAGAAAGAGGCUGCAAGAUCGACUAUGAUGGCAGCAUUGUAACACCAUUGUGGGGUGCGCGAACAUGUGCAGUUUUGGGCUUCGGGUUCGUUAAAUUCUUUGAUUGCUUAUUCCCUUACACCUUAACUGGAUUCCUGAGUGUUUCUGAAGUACAUAGUGGUAAUCACAGUGCAUUUGAACAAAUAUGAUGUUAAAGAGUAAUACUUACCCUUUCUGGGAUUUUUCUUUACACUCUCAUCUCAUGGCCCUCUGGGAACAGCCUGACCUUAUUUCUUUGAAAAUCUUUGAAAUGCUUGACGGUUUCCUAUGCUA